GUUCCUGCGCCUCGGAGUGCACGGCCGUGGAUGACGAGGUCUUCACUCACGUGACCAUUGUGGAUAUGGACAGGUAUUGCUUCCACCGCUGUCAGCCCGAGGGCACCUUGCAACCAUCGGAGAAAGUGGCCUUGGCGGAGAAGUUUGGCGGUUCCGAUUCUUACCACGGCGGCUUCAGCGUGGACGCAGCUUGCAUCAAAGUGCCACACAGCUUGGAGAAUCUUGCGAUGGAGCCGACUGGAAAUGGAAAGGACCACUUGCUCCCAGAAGCCGUUCCUGACUUGGAGGUGAUACAGCAACGAUAG